CCUAUGCCAUGUCGCAAUUACGGCCUGCUCCUCUGGCCCUUUAUCGACUGCCAGCCCCGCAUUUCUCCUCUGCCUCGUUCCUCGCUGCACCUAUAUGCUUUAUGCUCCUUCGCAAAUCAGCUACUAGACCAUUAUCACAUUUGUCACAAUGCCAUUAUCUAACACUGCCGGCCUAGCCUCGGAGCUCCCCGACCUUGUGCUGCUGCAAAUCGUAGAACUGGCAUCUGGCACCAGCCAGGUGAUAAAUAGCCGCCACUCAGCAGCACUACCUCCUCCUCCUCCUUACGCCCUGCUUCCUUUCCUCAGCAUCUGCCAGCAGUGGCGCCGCGCAAUCCUCCCGCACUUUUACAGUCGUGUGUGCCUGUGUGUCUGCCGACAUUCGGUUUCCAACAUGCACCGGGUCCCAGCACUGCAGAACAUUUCGCAUGUCGUCAAACUAGGACACGCAUGUUAUGUUCGGCGACUGCUGAUAUGCCUUAGCCGCGAUGCUGCAGCCGAGGGCACACUGCUGCAUAGCCUCAAAACAAUGCUUGUCCCUGGCAUGCUACCUGGCGUGCUGGAGAUUGCAUUGAAUCUUGAUGGCCCUAGCUGGGAUUGCCGGAUAGCCGCAGGCAAGAUCCAGGCGGCAGCAGCUGACACGCUGGUGCAGAUUAUCCGGAAUGCUGCGCCCAAUGCACGGUCAGUGGCAGUGGGAUCGAGGGGCCGGAUGCGAAACAUGCUGGCCACCGACCUGCCGUAUCUGGUGCAGUCGCUGCUGAGGGGGACUCGGGAACUACGACUGCUGGCGCCUCCGUUUGUUUUGCGGCGACUGACGCGCCAAAGCACCUUUGAGCAUGGGCUCACAGACAUAACGGUCGGGCGCAGCGUCCUGUGGUCGGACGACCUGGUCAAAUUCAUCCGCAACCACGCGGCAACCCUGCAGGUACUAAAGCUGGAGCGCGUCUCUGUCGACAUGUUCCACAGGCUGCUUUGCGGAAACAGGCACGAAUCCCAGCACAUCUAUCCCAACGUCAGCCGGCUGGAGCUAGCAGUGUCCACAAUGUCAGUGCUGCGCGAGUCGUCGUACGAGCUGCCGCCCUUUCCUGCCCUCACGCACUUUAUAAACCACCAUUCGCACCCGUUCAGCGACGACACAAUCCUACGGUGCAAUAGAAAGCGGCUCGAGGCAGUGAAGCUGCCGCUCUCAGUGUCGCAGUUUGAAGCGAUGCUGGCGAAGGGCGCGUUCGACCAGGGGCACUAUGCAAAGCUGGCAGACAUUGCCCUGUCGCUGGACGGCGUGCUGCCGACGUCCGAGCCAGGCAACAUCCUGGUUCGGCUGUUUGUCAGCGCAUGCAGCAUGUCGGCAAUGUCAGAGAGGAUCAGGGUGGCUAUGUGCAACACGGACAUAACCCUGGCCCUUGCAAAGCUCAAGCCAAUACCAGCCCUCCGCGAGCUUGCGUGCCCCCAACUCAAACUCGGCGCCUCGCAGCUGCUACCGCUCCUAGCAAGGUUUCCCCAGAUACGCCGUAUAGGAUUCUGCUUUGCCGAGUGUGCCAGCGAUGCAGUGGCAGCCAGUCCCAGCGACCAGGGAAUACAGGACCAGUGGCUACUGCGCUCGUCGCAGUCAAGCCUGGUGUCCAUGGAGUUGUUUGAUACCGGACAUACCUGUGGGCCGCAGUGCAUCGGCCAAACUGUCAUCCUGCUAGCGUCGCUUUUGCCGAGCCUGAGGGAAAUCACUGUCCGGCCACACACAAAGGUCAACGCCAGGGCGCUGCUCCAGCACCUGGUGCAGGCGCAGCAGCGCGAGGUGUACCGGCAGCGCCCCCAUGUAGAUGCACUGAAAAUCAGCAUCGUGUCCCGUGCUCACCGGUUCAACAACUGAGCGGCCGCUGCUCAUUUCUGCAUGGGCACCGCACUAUAUUUAGGACACGCGCUAUCUUGGGCAGGUUCCCCUUGGGCUUUGUCAUUGACAGCUGCUGCUGUUUCAGGAAAUAAAUAUCUCCACCCUGUAGCCUGUUUGCAGCCAGUCUU